UUUGUGCGGUUGUUUACGCUGGUAAGGAAAAAAUUUAGAGUUUCAAGUUGUAAAUAUUUAAAGGUUCAAUAUUAUUGGCGUUUGUGAAAAAGGAGGGGAAAAGACGAAUACUUAAUUACCAGACAAAGAAUUUUUAAUAAAUGAUUCGUAGUAGUCAUAAAAUUUCCAGCUGUCGUUGCACAUUUUUGCUUUGCCAUUCACCAAGUCGUCACCACAAAUUAGCGGGCCUUACAGAUGUAUACCGGUCACGGGUGUGAAUUACUUUAUUAUUAGUCUGUGUGGAUUUUGUAAACAUGAUGUGAGAAGGACAACAAAACCUCUCAGUGUCAGUAAGAUUUACCCUUAUUCAUAAAAUUACCCUUAUUUAUAAAAUUCCGAGCUCAAGUUGUGUCAAAUCGGUGGACGUGGAUUCUACUUGUGUUACUUGUUGUAAAUGCACAUCAGUUAGCUUGUAUUAUGAUGAAAAUCAACUAGAUUACAAUCCUCAGUAAAUUUCAUCAACUUCAUAACUAACCAUAUAUAAGACGUAGAACUGAAGUAAUAGUAGUAUGCACAAAUGUGAUACUGAUUUUGCUGUACCAUGCGUUCCCCUUUUCCGGCAUUGAGAUCGAUGCUCAUGUACAAUAAAUGUUUUGAAAAUUUACUUUUUUCAUACUUAAACAUCAUCUGAAGGGGGGAGGGGGCACUUUUAUAGCGAUAAGAUGAAUCGAUGUUUGUCUGGCCCAAAAUGGGAUAUGUCCGAGCAAAAAUAGGUUUGACCGGACUUUUUGACCUGCGCCAGCCGGGAAAUUAUUUGCAUCCCUGACUAGUGCUUCACAGUCCUGCCGUCAAUGUCAGAAUUUAUUGUACAAAUCAGACUACUGCAGGACUGCAGGGGCAGUUGUUUGAAUUAGAUAUUUAGUGGGGCAUUAUUCCGGCAAGUAUUGUGCAAUCUAGCUGAAUUCCUUUUUGGUUUUGCCUCAUUGAAGACUCGUGCCUGUAUCUGUAAAAACACAGAAUAUAUUGACCUUUAUUCAAGCUUCGUGCUGGUAUUUCACUGACCUUCACAGCACUGUGUUCUAGCCAUGCAUCCCUAGCAACUUAUAUUGUUGGUUUUCAGUGUCACACCAUUCAAAACAGAUCAAAAUAAAAAUCAAAACUGUUCAAUAGAUUAAUGCCAGAAUCAGGCAAAUGAAAGGAGGUAAAUAUGCAAAGACCCUGGUCUGGUCAGGGCAAUAUUUCAUAUGCGAGAUAUCUGGAGAAAUGUUUUACCCAAAUUUAUAGAGCUUUGUUUGGAGAGGCCAUGCUUGUGCCCAUUCAGAUGGGCACCAACAUGGUGGCAGAAAGUAACAGAAACAUCUGUCACUGAGUUUUACUACAUUAAAGUGUGAAUUUAUGUCUCGAGGAACUGAUAACGUUAAAGUUAUUCUUUUUCUAAUAUUCAUGAACUGUUCAGAUAGCAAAUUCCCUUCUCGGCCGUCAUGUAAUUGCCAUGUCAUGCAAAAGCUUAGAAAUUCAAGUAAAUUCAAUAAGUUCACUUUGGCUUUACUUGUAAGUUUAGUGUAGUGUUGUACAACUCCUUCUUUACUACUCAAUUUUUAGGUUCAUAUGGUUCACUUGCAAGAUUUCGUGAGGUUUCAAGGCUCAUGUUUGUUGGUCGUAACACAGUAAUAGGUGGUUCAGGGGAUUAUGCUGAUUUUCAAUACCUCACAUCAGAACUGGAACAAAAAGUGUAAGUCUGCUAUGGCAGGUUAAGUUUCUUUUGGUACCACCUAUGUAGUUUCUUCUCACCUUCAAGAGGAACUGCAUGUAUACACAUGUAAACCUGUAUGUAAACACUAUGUAUAACAGUACUCUAAAUUUUUCUACAAUACAUGUAAUUUUUAUCUGCUUAAAAUGAGAGUUUACAAGUGAAUGCCAUUGGUACAUGUAUCCUGAAUGCCUUUUGUCAACUACUAAAAUUCAAAAUAAUGUCGUCCUCACCACUGCAAUUAUUUGGUAUAAUUACAAUCAAAUACAAGUAUUGUCCUGAGUGGUCUAUAUUUGUUGGUUUUCCAUAGUCAAUUGAAUUCUUCUAAAGCGUUAUUUUAAUUUUCGUGUGUUUUUUUUUUUUUUCCUGUUAUAAUUAUUUUUGUAUUUAGCCUGCAUGGCAGGCACUUGGAAGUGAUGGGUGCAAGAAAGAACAGGGUGCAUGAGAGAGACACACGACGGGGGACUAGGGAGCACCUGCCUGAGAGGCCCACAAAAAUCAUUUGCCGCCCCCAGUCCAAUUACCUGGCAGCCACUGCAUGAUCUGUCAAAAAUGUUUGACAGAAAACAAUUGACUUUACACAAGCAAAGCGUGCCAAAGUGUUGUACAUUUAUAUCCUUGGUCUAUCUGAUGUAAACAUCAGCAAGGUUAUCUGAUUUUAGAGUGACGGAUUAAUAAACUGAUGAAAACCACAGCAUUAAAUCAUUUUUAACCAAAGGCUCAAUAAAUACAAAAAAACAGAGUCAAAAAUGGAUAUUGUUUAAAAAAUGCAUGCUGUAUAUUAUGAAAAGCUAAACAUUGUUCUCUGAGAUUACAAAGUCACAACUGUACAGACACUUAAGAUCACAGCAUACCUGGGAAAUGACCAUUGGAACAGACAUGUCUUACUAAAUGGACCUAAACUUCAGAACACAAACUGUACUGAGAUAUUUUUGUUGGCUGCAAUAAUGAGAAAUUAAAAUCAGACAUCAGAUCACCUUCUAGCAAACAACAACAAUAGCGAGGGUUUUUCAAAUUCAAGCCCCUCAGUGGUAAGUGUUUCAUUUCAUCAGUCCUGUCCAGGUCUUGAGGAUGUGUGUUCCAUUGAGAAUGCUAAAUUGUCAAGUUCUUUUUGAACAAAAAAUCUUUCCUUUGAGAUGUGACAAAUUUUUUGUCUGCCAUGGCCUAAUGCGUAUUAUUUGAUGUCAAACCGUUCCUUUGUGAAAACCGUUUGUUCCGUUUGUUUGGAAAUAUCUGCACUCCCAGAAAGCAAGUUGAGACAAUUUUUGUGGGCCUCACGGGCAGGCGCCACUUCUCCCCUCAUGUGUUUCCCUCAUGUGCCCCAUUCUUUCUUGCGCCUACUACUUCUAAAGCACCUGCUACCCAGGCUAUUCUAUAUCAGAUACAUGCAAGAGAGAAUGAGCUAAGAGACUGAGUCCCUGAUACAUGACCCUCUUCCCAUGAAAAUUAUUUUAAAUCUAUUCUUUGAUCUAUGUCAUACUGCUUGGUUAUUUUAAGGAGGCCACCUUAUGGUUGGUUAGAGUGGUGUCAUGUAAUUUUGAACUUGGCCGGUAAUUCAUUUUUACUGCCAAUCAUGCACAGCAACCUGUAUGACAUGCCAACUUGGUAUUACUUUCACGGACAUGUCAAAAGAUUUCUUCAUUGAAAAAUUUUGCCAGAGUAGCUGCCAACAAGGAAAACGACAGUGGCUUGCAAGAGUUGCUGGAGAAAGCGGUUUUGACUUGACAAAAACUGCCCAUUGUAGUCUUUGCUACAUCAGUAUAUAUAUAUACGUGUAAAUAACCAACAACCUUGAGUAAGUGAUACUAUUGUAAAUGAGAGCUGUCCCUUCUGGCAAUGUCCAUGCACACCUGUGAGAUGUAUCAAUACCGUUGUUUGGAUCCAAACAUGGACAUGUAACAAGAAAACAGGGUUAAACUACUAAGUGUGUUCAAACAUGACAUAUUUGGCUGCCAAACAUUUUAAUUUUGAGAGGGCGUUACACAAAUGUUCAAGAACAAUGUAGGUGCACUGCUCACUAUAUAGAAGUAUUGACUGAAACAGGAAACUGCGCAUGAAAAGUCUUUGGCAUCGAGGUUACCAACUGUUUAACAGCUUGAGGCAUCUGAACUGAUUUGUGUUUGCACAGCAAAAUAUUCAUCACAAGUAUUACGUAUCAAGAAGAAGUAACGCAGUUUGAAACUCUCAAGAAUUAUUCUUAAAAGCGAGUUUGCUGUUUCUGAAUGAGAAGUGUUCCAGGAAACAGAGGAAAAAAUAUCUUGUACAUUUGCAUAAACAACUGAAGCCAGCCACUUAUUAAGGUUUUGUAUUUCACACAUGAUAACUUUUGCCUUCAGUUUUCAUGGUGUACAUUCAAUAUUCGUUACUGUAAAUGAGGCCACCAGCUGUUAGAAAAUCUCAAUCUUUAAUCUGAAAGUGAAAUUUUGACUCCAAUACUGCAAUCCAUUCUAAAUGAAAUGACUUGUUUUCCCAACCAAUGGGUGGAACGUGCCAGCUAAUAAAGAAACAUUGCAACAACUUAAACUUUUGGCAUGCCAAUUGCUAUAAUGGAUGUCAAACUUCAAAUGUUUGACAGCAAAAUAUGUCACAUUCAUGUAAACGAAGACUGUGCAGGUCAUGAAAACAGCAGACAAAAAUAGCCUUCACUAUGCAUAUGCAAACUUUCAAUAGAUUUCAAAUAGUUAUCAUAGGUAACAUGCAAAGAAAGUGGUGUCCGAUAGCCCGGGGCCAGUGGAUUUUGCUAUCGGGCUAGUGGAAAGUGAAGUUUUUUGAGGAAUUUGAAUAACAGAAGAACUGUGAAAUCAAUUCUGCUCGUCAAAAAGCUUUUGGGGCUAGUUGAAAUGACGUCUGGGCUAGUAAAUGCUAACUUCAGCUUGCCCGAAAGGCAAGCUAUAAAAAUGAUUUUCUUUGCACCCUGAUAGGGCACAGGGAUUCGCUCUCUUUAGCUCAUGCUCUCUUGGUACAUGUAGUGUGAUUGUUAUUGUAUCAUAGGUAUGACAAGGAAAUGUUUUUCUAUUACAUCAGCAUAUGGUUGUAACCUUAAGGAUUCUUUCAAGUUGAAUUGAAGGGCUCCAUGCAAAUUAUUAUUGUCUUACCCCAUGCCUACUUUUUGAGAGGUAACCAAAUUGUUAUAUUAAUUUUGACUCCCUUGCAGUAUUGAUNAAAAGCUUUUGGGGCUAGUUGAAAUGACGUCUGGGCUAGUAAAUGCUAACUUCAGCUUGCCCGAAAGGCAAGCUAUAAAAAUGAUUUUCUUUGCACCCUGAUAGGGCACAGGGAUUCGCUCUCUUUAGCUCAUGCUCUCUUGGUACAUGUAGUGUGAUUGUUAUUGUAUCAUAGGUAUGACAAGGAAAUGUUUUUCUAUUACAUCAGCAUAUGGUUGUAACCUUAAGGAUUCUUUCAAGUUGAAUUGAAGGGCUCCAUGCAAAUUAUUAUUGUCUUACCCCAUGCCUACUUUUUGAGAGGUAACCAAAUUGUUAUAUUAAUUUUGACUCCCUUGCAGUAUUGAUGAUGCUUGUUUGAAUGAUGGACAUGGAUAUACACCCAAGUCAAUAUAUUCUUGGUUGACAAGAGUCAUGUACUACAGGUAAAGGAAACUUUCUCAUUACUUGUUUUUACUUACUGCUCUAUCAUAACCACUACACAAAAACUAGCAGAUGUCUUGCAAGAUUUACACUUGAGUGUUUGUUGUAGCUAGAUUUUUAGAGUCUUGCUGAUACUAUGUUUGUCCACCUCUAAGGGGCACCAUCGUGAUUUCCUCAAACUAACAGAAAAUUUUGUUGUUGUGUUUUUAUAUGAAAGGGAGCAGUCAUAACUCAAGAGCUUAUAGACGUUGAAAUUAAUGUAUAUUUCAAUACAAGGAGUGUUUAGAAAGCAAAAAACUCAAGAGCACAGCCAUUUGUUUACCUACAGUGUAUGUGGCCAUUUUUAGUGUUGUUGACACAAAGGCCUUUGAAUUCAAUAUAAUAAAAAAGAGAUUCUCAUCAAACUGAAACUAUGUAAAAAGAUAGUGUUCAUAUGUUCAAACAUAAUAAAACUACUGUACAAACUCAGAAGGACUGAUAAUUAUUACUGUAAAAUUUGAUUAUGCCACAUACAUGUGCAUGUACAAACCAGCGAUAUUUAUCAAACAAAUACAGCUGUAUAUUUGACAAAUUAAGAUAUUAUCAGUUUUUCAUUAGAUUUUUUUUUAAAAUUAAUAUGUUUAUUCUGCAUAGGCGUACCCGCUUUGAUCCUUUGUGGAACCAGAUUGUUGUGGGUGGUGUCCACAAUGGUGAAAGGUAAGAUUAGUUUAUAAGGUAUUUUAAUUUACUACUGUGCUUAAUAAUGACCUUUAUUUACAGUGUGCAUCAUAAACGUGUUAACUUGAUAAGCCUCAGAGUUGUUUAUUUCUUGUUGUAUGCUCUUAGUUUUCUAGGUUAUGUUGACAAGAUUGGUGUUGCUUUUGAGGCACCAACAAUAUCCACAGGAUUUGGAGCUUACCUGGCACAGGUGAGGAUAGUUUUAACAAAAAAAAAAAUGUUUGUAGCCGUUUCCUUGAUCUUAGGCUACCCAAAGUCAAACUAGAGAAGAAGUCGUAAGUCCAGACUGGGUCACUAGUGUUGUAAGGGAGGCUUAAUUGAAUAUAGCAUCAUUGAAACCCCAGCCAGACCAACACUCAGGGUCUUUAAACAACCGAGGAGAAUGGGCUGUCCUGUUCUGACAUCUACAAAAUAAUUGUUAGACAUUCUAGUCUCUCAGAUGAGGACAAAAAAUUAGAGACAUUUUCUCACAGCUCUUUCACUGUUCUGAUUCUUGUGUGACGUCAUAAAGACCCCUUACUGCUGUUCGUAAAGAGUAGGGAACAUAGACUCCUGUGGUGCGGACAACUUUUCAUGGGCUUGGUGGGUUAUAAUACAUGCGGUUCAUACAUUUUGCACCAACGUCCUGUUUCAUCCCUCGUGACAGUGACAAAUUUCUGUAAUAAAUAAUUAAAUAGAAUAUAGAUUUAUAACAAAGUCAGCAGUCCAUCUCUAAAUAGAGAUGGGGGUAAAGUCGACCUUCACUGAUCUGGACAAGGCUGAUCAGGUCACAAGUCACAUGACAUAUUCAAUCCACGGUGAACAAGGCUUUAGCAAAGUUGAAAGUUCAGAAAUGUUUUCUCAGUGUAGUGACUAAAAUUUAUAUGGCUUCAAGCGUAAUAGGAAGUCCCAAAUUUAUCAUGCAGAAGAAGUCACAUCAUGGUAUAUGUAAUUCUUCCUAAGACUCAAGGUUACAUGCAUUUGGACUUGCUCUCUGCUGAGUAACUUGUAUCACAAACAAAAUCUGUUCCACCUGUCUGUCAAGGAAGAUGCAGGCUAUGAGUCUAUCAAUCCGUUAGAACUCUAAGCAACUACAUGUUCAUGUGUGUAUGAUAAUUAUACACACAGCUUGUGCCAGAAGUGUGGAUUUAGUUUUUGCACACACAAUGUACUUCCCAGUAGUCAAGGAAUAGUUGUGGAAUUUAUGGGCUAUAGAUUCAAAAAUGAGGGAUGGCAAGUCAAGGUAUUAUUAUCAUCAUAAAAAUUCCUGUUGAAGUUUACUUGUACUAUAUAAUUACGGAGAUUUUCAAUCUAGCUUGUCUUGUUAUACGCAGCCAAUUCUUCGUGAUGCCUUUGAGAAGAACCCUGGCAUGUCUCUUGAACAGGCACGGCAAGUGAUAGUCAACUGUCUACGAGUUUUGUUUUACAGAGAUGCGAGAUCUCUAAACAAGGUGUGUACGGUUAUUAUUCGUUUGCACAUGUCAUGUCAUUAGGGCUUAUUCCUUCGGCAGAUACCAACAGUGCUUAAUGUGUACUGUACUCCUAACAAGAUACUGAUUAAGAUGUUCAUGUAUUGUCGCUUUUUUCUUUAAAAUUCUCCACCACUGAACCACAGAGUAUCCAGUCUCUUGUAUUUUUUCCCUAACUAAGUAGCUGAAUUCUUAUACCUGCCGGAUAAUCAGCGUUUUUUUCAUUGACAGGCACAUAACUAGACUAUAAAUGAACCGAUUUUCAGGUACAGAGACCGGGAGCCCUAAUAUGGGGCGGGAGUGGUGCGGGAGACCGGAAAUAAAAGGGAAGAAAUUGGACAUGAAAAUUGACAAAGUAAAUAUCAAUUAAAUAAAUAGUUUCGCACGAAUGGAGUCCGCUUGAGUGUUUAGCGUGGGUCUUUUACCUCGGAUGAGUGACAUCUCGAAAAUCAGACACUCUAGUUUUCCUCGGCAUUUCUUGAGGAUUUUAAAGUUUUCACCAAGGUUUACCUGCUAAACAUCGUGUUUCUUGAUGAAUGUUUGCCAAGUACCGAAUGUUUAUAUGUUCCUCUACACGUUGAUGAAGGUGACGGCGCGCGUUCAUGUAUCCUACAUACAUGCACUUUUCGCACGUUCUUUUUGUAUAAAAAAAUUAUAUAUUUCCUCGAAUGAUGUUAAUUUCUUAUCUUUUGAUAAUGAUGAAGCAAACAUGAAGCCAUAGAAACGUAAAUGCUUUUUUUAUUGAUUUUUGUUUUAAAAUGGAUAUCUUUAAGCGCAGCGCGUGAGACUAUUUACAUCUCGACGGUUGUAUCGAAACGACUUGAACAAAACGACCUAAAACCGCGAUAGUUGGUUAUUUAUUUAUUCAUUUUUUUAUAUAAUAUUUUAACGUUAUUAAUGUAAUUUUAUAGUGAAUAUUUAUUGUAAAUAUUAUUAAAUGUAAUCUUAAGCUUAUUAAAUAGAUUUUAUUAACUAGUUGUCCCCGAUUAGUAGGCUAAUAAAAAUGUUCAUUCAUUCAUUCAGUUGGGCAGCGGCCAUUUUAAGAAUGUUGCACAAAGUGUCUUUUCCCCUUGCGACCAAUGUUUUAUGUCUGGCGACCAUUUUGUAAUUUUUUAUUUUUAUAAAAGCCAUCUUUGCUAAAAGUUGAUCUUUGAGGCACUGCGAUAGCCAAUCUGAUUGGUUACUGAAGGUUUCGAUACAAAGUCGUCUUUCAAUACCAGUCGUUUUGAUGCAAGGGUUUUUAUUUUAAAUUAAAGUUCCUUGUAAGUGGGGAGGAGGGUGGUAUGAAUAUCUGGAACUACACAAUGGCAAUUAUCCGCUCAAUUUAAAUUUAAAGUUUGCUGAUGGUUAAUAUUUCAGUAUGAAGUUGCUGUUAUCACUAAGGGUGGUGCAGUUAUUGAACCUGCUGCAAGUGCGGACACAAACUGGGACAUCGCCCCAUUGGUUAAG